CUCACUCACAGGGCACUCAGUACACACUGGUUGAGGAGCAGCUUCACUUUAACUCCUUCAUUGAGCGCACAGUCUUGAGACAUGUGGCAUCUUAUUGCUUUGCUCCUGGUGCUGCCUCUGUCACUGGGACACAAGGUGGAGUCUGGAUGUGCGGACUGGACACAUACUGAAGAAGCGUCUGGUAACGAAGUAUGCUGCAGGAGAUGCAAACCAGGAAACCGGCUGGUGAAUAGCUGUGGCGAGAAGCCUGAGAUUCUGUGUCAAGUGUGUGAGAACGGGACAUACGUCACUGAUGGCAAGAAAAAACUGUGCCAAAAAUGCAAACAGUGCAAAGUAGGCCCAAUGAGAGUAAAGCAGCCCUGCACGGCCAGUUCCGAUACGGUGUGUGAGUGUGAGGAGGGAUACCUCUGUGGAGACGAUCAGUGCUCCUUCUGCUUAAAACAGUGUGGCAAAGGGAUGCAGCCUGUGAACAGAGGUUGUAAGCCAUGCCCUGAAGGAACAUUCAACGACAAGAUUCAGCACUCGUGUGUGAACUGGAGCAGCAGAUGCCCAUUGCCAGGCCAGAAGAUCAUAGCCAAAGGCACGGCUUUCAGUGACAUCAUCUGUGGACCAGCGGAUGACCACAAACCCACGAUUCCAUUUCCAGAUGAUGAACCCACCAAGAGCCCACCAGACAGCAAAGAUGACUCUUCGUGGACGAUGCUGGCCAUUGUCAUCGCUUGUGCCUUUCUGAUUGUGGUUUCAGCAGUGCCACUGUGCAUAGCUGUUAUGUGCAAAAGUGGAGAGAACCUGAAAACAGCUCCUGGGUCUGAGGAAGCUCCAGAGGGUCGGAGGCUGACGCCGGAGCCGGAGCAGUGCAGCUUCUGUUUUCCGCAGGAGGAGCACGGCAGCAGCAGCAGCAGCAGUGAAGUGUCGCUGGUGUCUGAUGAUAAGCCCUUUGAGCUGGUCGUAUAGACUGUGUGCUUUUGAGGAACAGGCUUUCUGUAACACGGCUGUUUGUGUUGUUUUUGGCACAUAAAUUAACAUUUGAAUGCUUGUUUACUCUAGAAGAUAUAGUUCCUCUAGGAUAGUGUCCCAACGCUGGUACUGAAGCCCCUCUGCACUGCACAUUAUAGUGUCUCCCUGCCAGAGUCGGCCUGUGGGUCCUCAAAGUAGAAUUUACCAACGUGAUUUUA